UCCGCCCGCGCGCAGGUCCGGGGGGAGGGCGAUCUGCCGACCGGCCCACCCCCGGGCAUUAGUAAAGGGCGCCCCCGGUCGCCCCACAGCCCCCGCCCCAGAUGUACUAUGCUGUUUCCCAGGCGCGUGUGAACGCGGCUCCCGCGACCAUGUUGCGGCCACAGCGGCCCGGAGACGUGCAGCUCGGGGCCUCGCUGUACGAGCUGGUGGGUUACAGACAGCCACCCAUCUCGUCAUCCUCCUCCUCCUCUUCCUCCUCUUCCUCCUCCUCCACCGCAUCCCUUUUCCCCAAGCCUGCGCGCGAAAAGCCCGAAGCUCCGCUCGCUGAGCCGCGGGGACCGGCGCCGGAGUCCGGGGGCGCCCAGGCGGAUGCCAAAGAGGAGCAGCAGCAGCAGCAGCUGCGGCGCAAGAUCAACAGCCGCGAGCGGAAGCGCAUGCAGGACCUGAACUUGGCCAUGGACGCGCUCCGCGAAGUUAUCCUGCCCUACUCGGCAGCGCACUGCCAGGGCGCGCCGGGCCGCAAGCUCUCCAAGAUCGCUACGCUGCUGCUCGCCCGCAACUACAUCCUGCUACUGGGCAGCUCGCUGCAGGAGCUGCGCCGAGCGCUCGGCGAUGGUGCGGGACCUGCCGCCCCGCGCCUGCUCCUCGCCGGCCUGCCCUUGCUGGCCGCCGCGCCGGGCUCUGUGCUGCUGGCACCCGGCGCCGUGGGGCCCCCCGAAACGCUGCGCCCCGCCAAGUACCUGUCUCUAGCGCUGGACGAGCCUCCGUGCGGCCAGUUCGCUCUCCCCGCUGGUGGCGCCGGUAGCCCAGGCCUCUGCUCCUGUGCGGUGUGCAAGUUCCCGCAUCUGGUCCCCGCCGGCUUGGGCUUGGCAGCCGUGCAGGCUCAGUUCUCUAAGUGAGGGCUGGCUGGGCCCGGGGCGGGGCGCGACCUCAGCCAAUCUUCCCGCGCCCUCGCGUCCCGGACCUAGGGAGAACUGGUCCCAGAAAGGAGGACAUUUCCAGACUUUUCGCCCAGACGACAGACUGUAGGGCGCCUUCUUCCCCGCCCCCACUCCCUGGCAAUUAAAGUGACCCAAGCGGGUGUUCCAAGGAGCAAGCAGUUGCUUGGGAUUCUAGAUGAAUUCCACCUGCUUAGAGCCAGAAGUCAUCGCAUCCCCACCAUAAGCUCACCCAGUGGCGGGGGUGACACCCCUCACCACCGCGGUCUACUCUUGUAUCCAUGAACAUCACGGGGUCCGGGAGGAUGGUAGCCGGCAGUCCGGUACAAUGGGGUUGCCCUGGGUGCAGCGAAAGGCUGUCCCCGAGCUUGGUGCCCUGGCAUCCGCCAGCUCCCUGGCCUAAGAGCUGCUCCCCAACAGUGUCUACUCAGAGGAGUGGCCUUUCCUUGUCCAGGGCCUGAACGCACAAGCGGCGUUGCUCCCUCCAGCCAAGUCCACGCAGAUUUAGGAGGUCUAGAAAGCCCAGGCCACGGAUACAAACAUUUAAGGGUGUUGCGGAUGGGCCGCUCUAGAAAGUCCAGAGUUUCCGAGUGUGGUGUGCGCGCGGGUGCACCUCGGUCGGUCGUUGGGUGUGCGGAGUGGAGAAGUCUGGCCUCCCAGUUCUGUUUUUCAGGCUCCCAGGCCCAGGUGUUUUGUUGCAGUUUACGCUCCUUAAAACCUGAAAAAUCUACUUAGUCUCCGUUUCCCUAAAGGUAGCUUAACCAACGUUUGAGCUUGCUUUCUGAAAACAAAAUUCCAACAAUGUUCUACGCCAUCGGUGUUCGGACUUAACUAAAUAGGUAGCAAGGCAUGUCGUAGCGCAGGCUUAUGAAACUCGGUAAUUAACGUUCUCAUUAAAGUAAGCGGAGGUGAGCGAUGAUCCCAAACCGCCCUUGGCUGGACAAACCCAGCUGCGCUGCAGGCGCCCAGGUCGUUAACCUCAGAAUUGCGGCUGAAGAACUCCAUGGACGCGUGCACGCCUGGCUGCCGCAUCUUGGAUUGUGACUAGCGUUAGGAAAUUACCCAAGAUUAUUGCAUAAUCUUCAGCAGCUUGCUUUGAUUUUUUUUUUUUAAUGUUGGAAGUUUUGGGUUGUUGACAGUAACCGAAUUUAACUGGCAUUUUAUUUGACCUCUAACUCUGUCCCCCCUGAACUGUAAAGAAACCACAAAAUAAAACGUCAACAUUCGAA